GCAGGUGGCAGCCAUGUCUCAGGCGGCAAAGACCUCGGCCUCAGCCACAGCGGCCAUGAACCCAGGGUCUGACUCCAAGGGAAAGGGGGCUCCCCCUGCAGGAGCAGCCCAAGGCCCUGGCUCUGGCCUGUCCCCAGCAUCCGUUCCUGUUCCCAGUACAAAAGCAGGAGACCUGCCUUCCGGGAGCUACAGGCUGGUGGCCUUCGAACAGGAAAAUUUCCAGGGCCGACGAGUGGAAUUCUCGGGGGAAUGCUUAAACCUGGGAGACCGUGGCUUCGACCGUGUGCGCAGCCUCAUUGUCAUCUCGGGACCCUGGGUGGCCUUUGAGCAGUCCAACUUCCGCGGAGAGAUGUUCGUCCUGGAGAAGGGGGAGUACCCUCGCUGGGACACGUGGUCCAGCAGCUACCGCAGUGACCGGCUCAUGUCCUUCCGGCCUGUCAAGAUGGACUCCCAAGAGCAUAAGAUCUCUCUGUUUGAAGGUGCCAAUUUCAAGCCCAAAACCGUAGAUAUCCAGGAAGAUGAUGUGCCCAGUCUCUGGGUCCACGGCUUCUGUGACCGUGUGGGCAGCGUGAAGGUCUCCAGUGGCACCUGGGUCGGCUAUCAGUAUCCCGGCUACCGUGGGUACCAGUACCUCCUGGAGCCUGGUGACUUCCGGCACUGGAACGAGUGGGGGGCCUUCCAGCCACAGAUGCAAUCCUUGCGCCGUCUGCGUGACAGGCAGUGGCACCGCGAGGGCUGCUUCCCUGUCCUGCCCACUGAGCCCCCCAAAUGAAUCCACAUUGCACCCAGCUCCCUUGCCCCACCCCUUCUCCAGGCUCAGUUUCCCCAUCGUUCCCAGGCAAAUAAAAGUUCCUAAAGCCA